AUGGCUGAUUAUUCCAAGGAAGAUUUCCUGCAGCUGAUCAAGCGUGUUGGCGCUUUUUUCACCAUCAAAAUUUCCAAUCUUUUCCAUAAUUUGGAUUCACGAUCUGUUGGGGCUAUAGCUGGGCUAGCACUUGCUGUAGUUUUUACUUGGAGAUUAUUGAGAACACCUCGUGGAUCGCAAAGAAGGCAACCGAAAAGGCAGGCUCCUACAACUGGUAGUUCUAGCGCUAGUAAUCAUGCAAAUGCCACUUUAAAUGUGACAUCUUCAGGCAUUAGCAAUUCCUCAGAAGAUUCAAUAACUCAAAAUGUGAUAGAUGAGUUCUUUCAGCCUGUAAAGCCAACUCUUGGUCAAAUAGUUCGCCAGAGGUUGAGCGAAGGGAGGAAGGUAACAUGCAGGUUACUUGGUGUAAUUCUUGUGGAAAGCAUCCCAGAGGAGCUGCAGAAACAAGCAACUGUGAGAUCGUCUGUGGUAGAGGUGUUGCUUGAGAUCACAAAAUUUUGUGAUCUUUAUCUCAUGGAAAGGGUUCUGGAUGAUGAAAGUGAGAAGAAAGUUCUCCUAGCUUUGGAAGAUGCUGGGGUCUUUACAUCUGGUGGCUUAGUCAAAGACAAGGUUCUUUUCUGUAGCACAGAGAUUGGACGGACAUCUUUCGUGAGACAACUUGAACCGGAUUGGCAUGUAGACACAAAUCCUGAAAUUGUAACGCAAUUAGCGAGAUUCAUCAAGUACCAGCUUCACAUCUCUCCUAUAAAGCCCGAGGGCAAGAGGUACUUCAUUUGUGGAACUGCUGGACAUUGUGAACAAGGCAUGAAGCUAGAAAUCGACACUGUUGCAGCUUCUGCUCCACCACCAGCCACCUCCUUGGUCACUCCCUCGUCUCCUUCGCCAGCAAUUCCAUCAGCUCCACCAACCGGUUCCCCUGUCAAGCCACCUGUUUCCUCUCAACCCACCAAAUUUUCGACUCCCUUGCCAAAGCAUUCACACUUGCCUGCUCCUAAGAUAUACCCUUCGUCGCCUCCUAACAGGAGCCCCACGUCAUCUCCUCGGGGUGUUUCUUUGCUUGCACCUCCUCACUCAUCAGCCAUUAAGGUGAAUGUCAUUGCUGGUUCCUUACUCGGGCUUGGUUUUUAA